UGAAGUCGAACCUCAUGACAUCACACGCAAGGCUCGCGUGUGAAAGGGGGCGUGGCCCUCUGAGGGGAGGAGACAAGAUGGCGGCGUCCCUGGGACGCUGGUGUUGGCACUUUCUGCGCGAGGACGGGCGGUGGCGGACCAGCCGUCUUCACUGUGAAAACACUUCUCUGAGCCAUUUCCUCCUGUCCUUCUGGAAGGUGCCUCUUCAAGCCAUUAACACAGCCCUCACCAUCCUAACUUGUGUCCUGUGAGUGACCAAGACUGAGCCAAGCCGGGAAGCAGCGCCACCAGCCAUCAGCACCCCUUGAGAAGUGACAGCACAGGAAAUCCUCCAGCAAGGGGGGAAGGGGAGAAAGGAAGGAAAAACAAAAGGCGAGUGAGCGAGAGCGCAGGAGCUUUUGCACCGCCUCCCUGUGCCUGCCCACAAUGUGUCAGUCAGAGGCACGGCAAGGACCAGAGCUCCAAGCAGCAGCGAAAUGGUGAGAUGCUGCCCGCCUCGUCCUACCCCUACUGUGCCCGCCACAAUCUCCGGAAGGUUGCACUUUCCCCAGCUGGCCCUGCGGCGGAGGCUGGGCCAGCUGAGCUGUAUGUCCAGACCUGCCCUGAAACUGCGCUCCUGGCCCCUGACUGUUCUCUACUACCUCCUGCCCUUUGGUGCCCUCAGGCCACUCAGCCGUGUGGGAUGGCGGCCUGUAAGCAGGGUGGCCCUGUACAAGUCAGUGCCAACACGUUUGCUGUCACGGGCCUGGGGUCGCCUCAACCAGGUGGAGCUGCCGCACUGGCUACGCCGGCCUGUCUACAGCCUUUACAUCUGGACCUUUGGGGUGAACAUGAAGGAGGCUGCUGUGGAGGACCUGCACCACUACCGAAAUCUCAGCGAGUUCUUCCGGCGCAAGCUGAAGCCACAGGCCCGGCCUGUCUGUGGCCUGCACAGUGUGAUCAGCCCGUCAGAUGGGAGGAUCCUCAACUUUGGGCAGGUGAAGAACUGUGAGGUCGAGCAAGUGAAGGGGGUCACCUACUCGUUGGAAUCAUUCCUGGGCCCUCGAACCUACAUGGAGGACCUGCCCUUGCCCCCAGCCUCCUCAUGUGACUCCUUCAGAAACCAGCUAGUCACCCAGGAAGGGAAUGAGCUCUACCACUGUGUCAUCUACCUGGCCCCUGGGGACUACCACUGUUUCCACUCCCCCACUGAUUGGACUGUCUCCCACAGGCGCCACUUCCCAGGCUCCUUGAUGUCCGUGAACCCUGGCAUGGCCCGUUGGAUCAAAGAGCUUUUCUGCCACAAUGAACGGGUAGUCCUGACAGGGGACUGGAAACAUGGCUUCUUCUCUUUAACAGCUGUGGGGGCCACCAAUGUGGGCUCUAUUCGUAUCUACUUUGACCAGGACCUGCACACCAAUAGUCCAAGGUACAGCAAGGGUUCCUACAAUGACUUCAGCUUUGUGACACAUGCCAACAAGGAGGGCGUGCCUAUGCGCAAGGGGGAACACCUGGGCGAGUUCAACCUAGGCUCCACUAUUGUGCUCAUCUUCGAGGCCCCCAAGGACUUCAAUUUCAGGUUGAAAGCAGGGCAGAAGAUUCGCUUUGGAGAGGCUCUAGGUUCCCUCUAAGGCCUCUUCCUGGCUAUGGCUGUGAGGGAAUCUUUUUACACUGGAACUGAGGGUCUUUUAGGCCCAAAGGUGUCCAGGUGAGCACCAAGGGCCAUGGGGUAUCAACUUGGUAGGACUUGAAUGAUCUGAGCAGAGGUGCAGACAAAGUUCUGGAUCCUUUUCACAAGGCAGCCAGAGCCCAUGUUAUGCUCUAGGCCCACUCUACAGUGAAACUGUCAGUGGAGAUGAUCUGAGUCACUUGUGGAUCUUUUUUUUUAACAUUGCAUAAACUGGAGACCCCCACAUCUCCUGGCUGGGUGUUCAGUUGAUUUUGGAUGUUGCUUGAAGAUGGUAAGUGCUAAAGUGCCCUGUAGCUAUUCCUCCCGUCAGCCCCUGUGCUUUUUCUGGCCUUUCCUUUUGUCCUCCCCAGGGAAGGCAUUUCCCUGGUAAAGACUGGACCCACCCACUCCUCAGAGUAGGCCGCAUGAGGCCUUUUGUUUCCAUAUUUCCUCACCCUGCUUGUUGGAAAAGCAGAAUCUUCUUUGCAUCUUGGGCUAAAUGCAUUGCCUUGGACUUUGCCAUUGUUUUCUGAGGGUGGUGACUAAUGAUGUGGACCUUUACAGGCUCUGAGGGUGACCUUCCACAGCUGGCUGAGUCCUCUUUGCAGCAGGCAAGACCAUUUACUGUCGGCAGCCAGAAUGAACACAUCAGGCAAAAAGUGGGGGCCUAGUUCAGGACCAGGGUGUGAGGGCUGGUGUUCCCUCCCCAGAUCCAGCUCUGUAAGGAGUAAUGGAAAUUGCUGCUUAAGACUCUUUUUGCUUUCAACACAGCAACAGCUGCUGGGCCUAAAUGGUGGGUCAGUGCCUAGAAAACCUGUCACAGGUAGGCAGCCCUUGGGGAGCCUACUGCUGGGGACAAGGCUGGGUUUUAUGUUGAUCCUGGGAAUGUGAGUUUCUCCUGCAGGAGAAGUCAUUGAACUUUUUCAACUGUAUCAGUAGCACAGUAUUUUUGUACGAAAAGCAGGAGACUUCUGAACAGUAAUUCAUUUAAUUGCAAGACAUUUUGAAAUAAAAACCCCAUAAAACUCA